AUGAGGAAUGCUGCUGUGGCAGCCAUGCUGUUGGCGAUCAUGGCUACCGUGGCGGCGACAGAUCCUAGGGUGACGGCGUCUUCUGCCGUGGAGCUGGUGGCGCCGGCCAACGGCAGUCACACGGCCUUUCCAUUCAUCCACUUUGAAUGGGUGUGCGCCGGAGCCAACAUGUACGCGGACUAUGAUGUGAUUGUGGUGGAUGCUGCCAGUCACGCCGUCGUGGCUCAGGAUCGCAUCAACGGCCGGGCCUGCCGCUUCUACCCCAGCGAUCCGCUGCCAGAGGGAUCAUAUGUGUGGCAAGUGACAGCAUCAAGCAUCUCAGCCGCCUCGGGCUGGAGUCAUGUGACAGUCACUGCAGUGGACCACGAGUUGACAAUCGACGUUAAUGCCACAUUUACAGAUGUGGUGGCUGCGUUGCGAGAUGCAGCAGCACUGUCGGGAAGCAAGCGCGUGACCUUUGCGCCUCGCGCCGAUCGAACCUACCGACUCAACCCCAUGGGUGCGUCAUGGGAUGACUAUCAGGCGCUGCUCAAUGUCACUCAGGCACAAGACCUGCUCGUAGAUGGCGGGGGACAACUCCUCAACUUUUCGUGGCCUGUCACCUUUGCCUACGUGACGUUGAGCAGUCGCGUGGCCCUCCUCAACAUGCAGCUGGACAUAUCACCUCUGCCCUACACGGCAUUUGCAAUCCUGGAUGUGGUUCCAGUGUCGGUGACCACGGGUCGCGUGACGGUGGCAUUAUUGCCCGGCCACCCGACCGUGGAGAGCAACCCAGCUUUUACGACGAGUGGUAUCUUUGGUGUUCAGGAGCCCGAUCUGGCCCGCGAUCGGCGAGGGCUCACCGAAGUCUUCAACUAUGCCAAUCUGACACGUGUUGCUUGCUCAGCAGCGGCCAAGGCGGAGGAGACAAGGCGAUUACUGGCAAGCAACAUUUGCUACACCGUUCUUGUCGAUGCUGGCUGGACAACUCUGUCCAAGGCUGAUGUCAUAUACCUGGACCCGCGUCAGGCGCCUGGCUUUGUGUUUAUGGGCACGACGCAGCCUAUCCUGUACAACACCAGCAUUUACGCUUGCUCGAACGAAUGCAUCACCAGUCAAAACUCUGACUACCUGGCCAUUCUCCGGGCCAACAUGCAGCUGCUCCCUGGCCGAUGCACUCUUCUCACCAUUCACGUGGCUUGGACCGUGUGCAUUGCUUGUUUUCUGCACCUCUUCCCUCGGGGGGGGGGGGGGGGCAAUCAUCAUUCGAUGCGCAUUGGGCCAUGGAUUAGUGACGGGCUUUUUGAGAGUCCCGGCGAUGACACGUGUCACGUCUCGGGUUUGGUCAUGAGCGUGGAUCGGGUGAUCAAUGAGACCACCGUGGCCUUGCGCCCAUCCGUUCCGGAUGUCUUUGCAGCUCAAGUGGAGCUUGGAAACCUGUGGCUUCAGGUCGGGGAUGAACUGAGCUUUUACGACCACAUGACAGGCCGAAUUCUGCUUCGAGCCCACAUCCAUGCGUUGGGUACCGGGGGCCUGGUUGACGGCAUGCCAACGACGCUCGCCCACCUCGAUCAGCCGGUACCAACUGGUGCGGUGCCCGGCAUCAUUGGUGGAAACUUUAAUGCAACCGUGACGCAAGUGUUUGAUACGUCCCGGACAGCGGAGCGACUGGUGUUUCGACGCAACGUGCUGCACAACGGGCGCCGGGUGGGCUUGCUGGCCAAAGGUCGACAGGCGUUGGUGGAACACAACACGGCGGUUGGACUGGGCGGUGGGCUGGUGGAGCUUUUCAACGCGCCGUACGAGGGCCUGUGUGCCCAUAGCUACCUUGUACGGAAUAACACGUGCUUGUAUACCAAUCAACUGGACCGUGUGGCAGCGCCAAUUUGGGUCGAGCGUCUGCCAAACAAUGCACAACUGGAUCAGUUUUGCCACGACAAUUUAACAGUCGAGAACAACACUUUUGUUGUGGGACCGGGUCCCAUCUUCCUGCUGGAUGCCAUCGCCAACGUGACGCUGCGCGACAACCACCUGGUGCGCUGCACGACUGAUCACAGCGCCUACCUGCAAACAGGCCACGAUCGCAGUGUGCAAGAGACUGGCACCACCGUCUCUCUGACCAACGACCCAGCCCUCUGCGUCAAGUGA